UCAGACUCCAUUACUUCCACUCAGCACACUGAGGUUUUUCCAGCCGAGCUCGCCAUCCACCCGGGGCCAUGUUUUGGGUUCACCGCCUGUCCCUCGGCCUCCUGCUGCUCCACCUGGCCACGGCUCACGUAGUCUUCUUGGACGGCGAGGAGGCCAGUCAGGUGCUGAAGCGGCAGAGACGAGCCAACAGCAUUUUUGAGGAGGCUAAACCAGGCAACAUGGAGAGGGAGUGUGUGGAGGAGCGCUGCAGCUGGGAGGAGGCGCGAGAGAUCUUCGAAGACGUAGACAAAACUAAUGAAUUCUGGGCCAAUUAUGUUGCGGUGGAGGACUUACUGAAGUGUCUUUACCAGAACGGACAAUGUGAGCAUUUCUGUGACGGCUCGGGAGAGAGUCUCAAAUGUUCCUGCGCUGACGGAUAUAAUCUGGGAGUCGACGGACGAAAGUGUAUCGCUCAAGUGGAGUAUCCGUGUGGUCAGCUGCCUCCACGGGAAACCGGUAUGAACCAGAGCGCUGUGGGUCAGAUCAGGCUGGUGGGAGCUAACCACUGUCCCAGAGGAGAGUGUCCCUGGCAGGUUCUGGUUCAGUUAAACGGAAGCAGUCACUGCGGAGGUGUUCUGAUCAAUGCGGACUGGGUCGUCACCGCUGCCCACUGUGUCCAUGGCAUCAACCCUCAGAACCUCGCUGUGGUGGCAGGGGAACACCACUUGGACGUUGAAGAGGGCACGGAGCAGAGGAUUCCCGUUUCCCUGGCGGUCGCCCAUGAAGCCUAUGUCCCAGCGACGGGUGACAGCGAUGUUGCCUUGCUGCAGCUGAGUCGCCCCGUCACCUUGAAUCGCCACGCCAUCCCCAUCUGCCUGCCCAUUAAAGACUUUGCCGAGCGGGAGCUCCUGCCGGUCCGCUACCACACCGUGUCCGGCUGGGGCAAGAGGACCGCCGGGGGCAACGCUGUGAAACCCAGCGGCCCGCCCGUUGUCCCAGUCUCCCCCGUCAUUCGCAAGUUUCCCGUCCCCAUCAUCCAGAACUCCCAGUGCUCCCAGAGAGCCCGGUUCAACUUCACCGACAACAUGCUGUGUGCCGGAUACCUGGAGGGUCAGCGGGAGAGCUGCCGCGGGGACGACGGGAGCCCACUGGUCACGCUUUACGGCUCUACCCACUUCCUGACGGGCGUGGUCGGCUGGGGGCGGGGCUGUUCGCACCCGGGGUAUUAUGGGGUGUACACCAAGAUGGCCAACUUUGUGGACUGGGUAGAGACCACUAUGAAAAACCCGCCCACCAUGAAGACAGCCAAUGAGAAGAAAGCUGCAGUGACGGCUUUCGACACGUUGGAACAGAAAGUAGUUUAAUAAAAGAUGAUGGAAAGAU